UGCAGAUCGGGCGCGCGCCGGGCGAUGGAUACCGUAUGGCGGGGCGCCAGGUACCAGCGACCUAUGACGUGGUUGCACGUCGAUCCAGGUCGCACUUCCCUUUCACCUUGUCAACGCACGCAGAUCCACUCGCCUCGUCAAUCAAUGUGUUGUUACCAUGGCUAGCUUCCAACAGCUCCAUCCGCAAACACUGUCCAACCUCCCCUCUUGACAUUGUUCAUCACUCCAACAUUCAUCACCAGCACCAUCACCAUCAACAACCCGAAACCUGCACUACUCGUUUAAAAGCAUCCAUUAUGGCGAAUUACGUCGACGCAAGCACCCAGACCAUUUGGGCAGGACUGGCGAAGCGUGAACUCGUUCGUCCUGACAUCCUCUUCACUGCACCAGACACCACUACUCCACCCGACGAGAUGAUAACAGACAAGGCCCAGACGCUCGAUAGAAUCCCCUCCAUCACAGAUGCAUCCGUCGCAUCCACGCUGCUCGAGAGGCGCACGAACCGUCCGGGUCUCGUCGCUCGCAUCUCUCUACCCUCCUCAGAACUCGAUGACGAGAUUCUCCCAUCACCACCCCCAACUCAAGCCAACCUCUCGCCUGUCCCUGCUGCCAACAAGCUCCACGCCGGCCACACUCCCUUGAUCCCGCGCGCCUUGUCUCCCGUUCUAGGAGACAGCGAACUACUAGUAGAGGUGCAGCCAUUCGUGGAAGAGCGAGUAGCUACGCCAGAGCACGAUCAGGGCUUGAAAGGGCCGCUUGUCCUACCCACCAACCCAGUGGAUGGCGCCGACGACCACAUAGCAUUGGACGCGUUGGAUGACGAACUGGCCAAGAUUGCGAAAGAGCAAAAGAGGUUUAGCAAGCUUCGGGAUGCACCAGAGCCGACUCCAGCAGAGACUACCGCGGACACAUUGCCACUCAGCCGAAAGGUAUCCGCAGAUUCCCGCCAGUCGUCAGAGGACGUCGUGGUUGUUGACGGUGUGAGACUCAAGAACCCACCGCUGAAUUUCGGCAUGCCUCUUGGCCAGGCGCCCCGAAGACGGAGUGAAGCUGAAGGGAGCUAGUAGCUUCGGGACAUCUCUGGGGAGGCACGGUCGAUCACGGCCGCAAGAAGGAUUCUGCGUAUUCUACUACAGCAUUUGCAUGGGAGCCCCGAGAGCGAUUGGGUUAUUAAAGGCGUUUGGGUAACGAGAAUGAAUGCUAGAUUUGGAGGAAAGCGAUACCCAGGAACAAGCCCUGUAAGGCCAUUGUAGGUAUUCAUGCUACCGGCUAUAGAUUACCAGCCCAGCAGUAGUAAAGAUAAAAGAAUAUCACAUGAACCCUUAAGCAG